AUGGUUGAGGCUCUCGGGAGAUCCAUAACUAAGGCUAGAAUUGAGCGGAUUAUCAAAGGCAUCAAGAUAACAGGAAAUUUAGAUGCCCUUACACAUCAACAAUUUGCUAAUGAUACGAUGUUAUUAGGAACAGUUGAUGAGGCAGAAGCUCUGGCCUUCAAUAAUAUCCUAAACUUAUACGCCAGGAUGUCAGGGCAAGAGAUUAACUACGGAAAAUCAGAGAUUUUCUUCUUUAACACUCCCCGUGGGAUUGAAACUGAGAUUAGCAGGAUGUUAGGAAUCCCAAAAGGGAAGCUACCCUGCAAAUAUCUAAGGAUCGAAAUCGAUAAGGGUAAGAAUAAGAAAUUGAUAUGGAAGAAGACUAUUGAGAAGAUAAGUCAAAGACUGAAUACAUGGAAAAACAAAUGGUUAUCAGCAGUAGGCAGAGUUACGUUAAUUAAAGUAGUCUUAUUGGCCAUUCCAAUCUACCAAAUGUCUUGCCUAUAG